GUCUGUUGUUCAAGCCACCCAGUCUAUGAAAAAGUUUGGAAACGUUUAUCUAGAAAGUGGUCUAGCAAAGUGUGGUUCAUGGACGAGUUUGACCUGCAAACUACUUGUUAUUGGUUCAUGACAAGGUCCACUGAUUGCAUUUUGAGAGCUCAGAGAAGCAGAGAGCAAUGCAAUUUGUCACGGAAGGAUGAUUAUGUAUAUGCACUGUCAUAUCUAUUUCCAUGCCUAACUCAAAGGAGUCACAGGGAGAAAGUGAGCUCAGCCCGGGUAAAUUGGAGGUUGUGA